AUCCGACGUCCUCUCACCACCACCAGCGGAACAUCGACGACGUACGCAAAGAUGGGAAAGAACGACAAGAAGGGCGGCGACAAGGGCGGCGGGAAGGGAAAAGGCGACAAGAAUAAGGGCGGCGACAAGGAUACCAAGGAGUCUGGUGGCAAGGCCAAGGGCGCCAUGUCCAUCAACGUCCGCCACAUUCUGUGCGAAAAGCACUCCAAGAAGGAGGAGGCGUUGGCCAAGCUCAACGAGGGAGUCAAGUUUGACGAGGUGGCGCGCGAGUAUUCCGAGGACAAGGCGCGACAAGGUGGCUCACUAGGAUGGAAGAUCAAGGGAAGCUUGGAUCCCACCUUUGAAGAGGCGGCCUUUGCUCUGGAGCCGAGCACCACUGGUAGCCCCAAGUUCGUCGAGGUGAAGACGGGCUUUGGAUAUCACAUCAUCAUGGUCGAAGGUCGAAAGUAGAAUCCACAAUUGACAGAAAGAAUCGGCCGGAGACUGAUAGCACAUUUGUAUCUCGCCAUAAUAAGCUAAGUCCAUCUCUACUACGUGCAGCCAUAUCUUGGACAAAGCCGCCAUUCUAAGCGCACGGAUGCAGCGAGAAAACAUGACCAGUCAUGCUCAUAUGUCAGGUGCUGGCCCUAUGAUGAGCAGGAUCGUGGCGUAUGUCCGAUGUUAGUCUUGGCGACGCUGAGGGCGAAGGCUUGCGACGUCCGUACAGUACCUACGAGAUGCCCAGCUUUCAUAUACGUGGACAUCACAUCUACUAAAGGUUUAGUGGAGACAAUAUUGAUGAUGCCCAAUUUUUUUUAUAUUCCUCUCGAUGCAAUAUGGCCGUGAGACGUCAGGCCUAAACCCAUUCAGA